AUGGACCACGGGUUUUUCGAUUAUGUUGUACCCCUCAUGGAGAGCGUAUGGUCCUAUUACAUAUCGCGUUGUGGGAAUGACAUUGCAGAGCGCUGGUCAAUUUCGGAGCUUGAUCGCGGCGCUAUUUGGGAACCAUUCAAGAGCCUCGCGUAUUCUAGUCCAUUUUGGAUCACUCCCAAAACGCCUCUAGGUACUGCUGCGAUGCAUUGGGGCAGGAAGUUGGGUGAGCCGCGACCUCCAGUGACCUCGCACGUUUACACCGAAAGGUCAACAAUCGAGUUCAUGGCAGACCCGGUAUGGCCCGCCGGGCAAUGGCAGGAUACCCAUUAUAGGGAUCACCUUGCAAAUACGCUCUUCCACCAAUUAAGUACAGCUAACGUGGAUGAGUCCAAGCUAGUAGAAGGUAUACUACGAUUACCGUCGCAGUACCAGGAGCACGGGGCAUUCGAACUUGGUGGAACAAGCGCGAGGACUGGCCCGAUCGUUUGUCUGAGUCCGAGUCAAGCGUUCGGUACCAACGAUGAAGUGUUCUGGCCACAGCCCGAGCUGGCCGUGCCAGCUUCUCAGGCUACGCAAGACCAGAUUUUAUCUUUGGCUAGUGACCCAGGCCAAGCUACCCCUUUAGGCUCGGGGGCCCAGACCCUACCAGUAAUCGUGCAGUCGCUACGGUACCAGGCGCCCGUGGGUCAAAACCAUCCGGGUGCCGUGACGAACCCAAGGCUACAGUCCAGUCAGGGUAAUUGCAGCAUCCCACAUGCCCUGUCACAGCGCCAGUUAUCAUUAGGCUCUUUUGGCUUGACGUUGCCUUUGCCUGUUAAUAAUGAUGCAACUAAGAUGCUGCAACACACCAGGAUCCAACGCCCCAGUUCCAAGCAACAGACUUCUAGCAACACUGCGCCUAGGGACGUUCCCCGUGCAAGAAGGUCCAAGGCAACGACGUCGAACUCGAUCGACAUUGUAUCGCAGUCUUUACUCAUACAAGUAAACGAAGAAGCUGCCACGAAGAUGAUGAGCUUGAACUUUGAGGAGGGGUUUUUCCCUACCACAGAUGAGCUUACAGCGAGGGCCGAGGAAGCUCUGGACGACGUCGUCGCCCGUCAUGCAGACGAGGGAAUCAAAAACUGGAGGUCAACGGAUGGCGAAGCCCUUAUCAACAAAUUGAAGGGCAUCAUCACAGUGCUCCACCGCGAAUUUGCGGAGCGAAUUGGCAACGCUCUUACAGGCUUCCAAUUAACCUUUGAUACAAGCGAGAGCAAGGAAGAGAUGGACCUGCGGCGCCACGCCGUUGUCACUACCAUGCUGCUGGACGACUCGUUUCUAGAUGGGCACUUAGAGUUCCAGAUUAACGCAAACGAAUCCCGAACAUUCUGCGUUCCAUUUGCGCAUCUAACAAUCAUUGAUUUUAUGGAACACAUGUUGCUGCGCCAGCACUAUUCCCGCUUUAUCCCCUUCCAUCAAGACGGGAAGUGGCAAACAUGCAUUAGAAAUACCAUCUGCUUUAUUGCAGCUCUAUGUCGUUCGAAGAUGAGGCAGGCUGUGAGCAUAGAUGUUACUCCCUUCCCUAGCCAGCAAGAUAAGGAUUGGUACGCAGCUGCCAUAAAGGACACCCGCUCGUUUACUGGAGAUAAAGAGACAGGGUUCAACUAUUUCAUCCGGGCUGUGCCCAGUAUGCUAGGGGUUUCGAACUACGGAGUACUGGCUCAGAAUUCGGUCGAGUAG